UGAACUAAAGAAGAAAGAAGGCAAAGAACCUGGGCGGCAAGGAUUGCAGCAAAGCCAAGACAGAAUAUUUCACUAGUUGAAUGUACAGGUGCGAAGGCGGUAGCAAUGGAUGGAGUGGAAGAGAGCUCGAGCAAAGCGGCAGAGGCAGUGCUAGAAAUCCUAAGGACCAGGGGCUGGUUUCUUGGCGGAAUAGAUCAAUUAAACGCCUUAAUCAUAAUUCACUCUGCUUUAUCUGAUGAUGGCGACCCUUGCACUGUCGCAAACGCCGUUGAAUCCGAGCUCCUCAACAUGGAUCUUAGAUCCAUUGGAGUCAAGUCCUUACCCGACCCAGACCUCCUCAAUAAAACCUCCUAUCUUCAAGGCCCCAAUAUCCUCCAGAUAUCUGCAGUGAGAGAUAUUUCUGUUAGUAGCAUAGAAGGGUUUUCGAAUUCAAGCAAACGGCGACUGUUAAAACUCGGUCUCACUGAUGGGCACAACGAGAUAACUGCAAUCGAAUAUUCUCAUAUUCCUUCAAUCCCAGAUGAUAUAGCUCCUGGUUCUAAGGUUCGUUUGGAUAACAAAGCUCCAGUACAUAACUGUAUUGUAUGUUUGAAUCCUAAAGUUAUAACUGUAAUAGGAGGCAUGGUCCCAUCACUUCAUGAAGAAUGGCAAAUGAACCAAAAAUAUUCUGGUUUUUCACGUUCAUCAUUAAGGUUAUCACAGGAAACUGAUAAUGGUGGCCCUCCUCCUUUUGAAAAGUUGCAAAUUGGAGCACCCUCUCGUAGGUCUUCUCGGAAAGCCAUGCGAUCGGUUUCUUAUGAAGAGAAGGCAAGUAUUCCAGAUUACUUUAAGUCUACCUCCAACAGCACCAUGCAAAUUAGCACAGAAACUGCUGGAAACACCAAAGUUCUACCUCUUGAUGCUCAAAGAAAAGCAGAUGGUGUUGAUGACAAAGUGAGAGUAGCUUCCCUCAGAACAAGUUACAAAGAAAAUCCUAGAAACGUUCAGUGGAGAUCAAAGGAAGAUUACCAUGGGUCUACCUCCAAGAGCAAUGUGCCUACUGUUGCAAAAUCUUCUGGAAAUGCUGAACUAAGGCUAAUGGAUUCAGAGCAGAAAGUAGAUGAUGAUAAGGAUAAAACAGUUUCCCUUAAUGAAAGUCUUGAACAAAAGCCAAAUGACUCCUCUGCAAGACAGAAGGAAGUAAUUGAAACAGUCCCUGUUCAAAAUCAAGCAGCUUCUCAAAAGUUACUUUUGAAAAUGAAUCACCACCCAAAUCAAGGUGAUCGGCAUUCAAAAGGUCAGAAAUAUAGGAGGAAGAAUAAGCAAGAAGAAUCACAAGUUUUCACUCUAGAGGAGUGGGAAAAGAGUAAUGCAGGGUCAAAGCAUCUGACAAAAGAUGAUUUUCCGGAUACUAGUUGUGACAAGGAUCUUGCAUCAAAGCUUCAAGACCAACUUGAUGUGGAAGAUUUUCAUGUACAUAGGAGAACUCAUAACAAUGUGGUGGAUGACAUUAGAAUGAGCAUGUUUAGUUAUGAAAGAGAUGGCAAUAAGGUUCAAGAAAUGGAACGUGGAGGAAGAGGGAGGGGGGGAGGGAGGGGAAGGGGGAGGUGGAGAAGAUAUAAUUAAAUUCAGUGGAAACUUACUAUGUUUGUUUACGAUUUUGGAGCUUGGAGCUUGCAAAACUUACGCAGGGUUUUUAACCUUGUGCCAUAGCUGGCCGAUGUUGAUAACUUGAAAAGAAUAUACCAGAGUGAGUAAGAUGAUUUCCCUAGACAAUGUGAUCUAGCAUCCUUUCUAUAAUUGGUACAUGUUUGCUUUCAUCUUACAUAUAUCCAUAUUUUGGUGCUUUCUUUAAUUAGUAUCACACAAAAUUCAUCAA